AUGAAUACUUCAUCCGGAAAAUUAAAGUUUUCAGAAAAUCUAUGGGAAGGAUUCGAUUUGUUAUGUAAGAGAACAGAGAAUGAUUUACAACAAUCAAAGAAUAUUUUGAUGUUUUUCAAAAAGAGAGCGGAACUCGAAGAUCAACACGCCAAGAAGUUGGAGAAACUGGCGUCGAAGCUCAUCGGUCAGAACGAUUCGUUGGAAGUAUCCACCACUAAUAAUGGUUGGAAAAAGAUUGUGAAUUCAACGUAUUUCGAGUCGGAACAACAUCAAACAUUCAAUGGUAGCAUCUUGAACAAAGUUUGUCAGCCAUUCCAAGCGAUGAUCAAGGAUAUGGAGUCGAAACGAAAGAAGAUCGUCAACGACGGUACACGUCUGCGAGUCGACAUGAAAGGCAUGAUUGAAGCACUCAAGAAAUCGCAAACCAAAUACGAAAAGGUGUCAAAGGAGUUGGAGUUGACUCGACUGGAGCUGAAAGACCUGCGUGAGCAGCCAGACACCGCCAGUGACAUUGCCAAGCUCGAAAAGAAGAAAGAACGUCUCGAGUUGGAACAAGCACAGAACGAUGAUGAAUACAAAGAGCAAAUCAAAGCAACCAACGAUUUCCAGAAUCUUUACAACACAGAAUUAAUGCCAAAGAUUUUAAAUGAUUUCGAGCAUUUCAUGGUUACACAUAUACAUUUAACAAGAACAUAUUGGGUAAAUUGGACAAAGAUUAUCAAUGAUUUACCACCUGUCUACUCACAAUCCUACGAGGGUGUGAAGCGAUUGAUUGAUCAAGUCGAUAAUCAAAAUGAUGUCCAAGACUUUAUAAAGAAGAAUAUGAUGAAGAAAGUUGUUGGUACAGCAUUCCAAUAUGAACCAUACGUCGAAGGAAAACUUCAAAAGAAAUCUGGUUGGAAUACGAAAACACUGAGAGAUCAAUUCUUCUCGAAAUCAUCGACCAAAAAGGAGGAUCCAAUGUCACCAAACACCUCUGUCACCAAUCUAUAUAAGCCAUCGGUCAAAGAACCAUUGUUACCAACAGCAUCGUACGGUGUAUCACUCGAGGAACUGAUGAUAAAACAGCGGGACACUCAUCCAACUCUCGAAGUUCCACGUGUCCUCGUAGUGCUGGCGGAAGUCAUUUGCAAGCUGAAAGGACACGUCCAAGAAGGUAUUUUCAGAGUUCCAGGAAUUGUCAGUUCCAUCAAAGAGUAUCGUUUGCAAAUCGAUCGUGCCAACUUUGAUUUGUCGGCUAUCGACGACGUGCGUACACCGGCAGCGCUCUUCAAGCAGUGGCUGCGUGAUAUCCCCGAACCAAUCAUCCCACUGUCACUCUACCAGAAUUGCAUAGAGAAUCCAGCGGGCUCCAUGGAGUUGGUCAAGCGAAUUCCAGCCAUCAAUUUCAAGGUGCUCAGCUACCUGAUAAAUUUCGUCCAGAUCUUCUGUCGCUACGAAUUCGUUGCCCACUCAAAGAUGGGCAGCAGCAACAUGGCAAUGAUAUUCGCACCGACCAUUCUCCGAUGUCCAUCGAACGAUCCAUCGGUGAUGUUGAGCAACGUCAAUCACGAGAAGGCAUUCGUUGAGAAUCUCAUCCAGAAUUUCCCGCCACCCGAACGUGAAUUCCUUGGUUUGCCAGUUAGUUCUGCCGACGCCAUCAUGGAGGAAGACGGUGACAUUGAAGAGCUGAUGGUUGAUGAAGACGACGAUAUCAAUAACAAUAUUAAAUCAGAUGAUGAGAUUGAACCAGUUUCACAACCGCAACAAGAUGAACCAGUAUUUGAGAAAAAACGACCAACAUCAACAACUUCAACACCAACUACCACUUCAACUAAUGAAACAACAACAGCUGAUAUAUCUACACUUUCACUUUCAGGCGGAGCCAGCAAUAGCAAUAGUAAUAAUAAUAGUCCAAGUUUGGAAAGUUCAACACCAACACAAACAACAACAACAACAACUCCAACUACCAAUACAACUAUUCUGACAAAUGUAACACCAAGUUCAGGAAAUAGAAGAUCAUCAGCCCAAUUAGGUUGGGUAAGAGUCAAGCCAGGAGCGCAACAGCAACAGCAACAACAACCUUAA